CUCCGCAGCAGCUAGCUUACUUUCUUGUCAGCCACACAAAGGCAAACACAAAAGGGUAAGAAGUCUACCUUUGCUUUCAUGAUGACAUGCAGGCAGCUACGAUGGAUCCCGUGGAAGAGCCCCCAUCCAUGUUGUGGGGACUGGACCCGAUCUUUUCUGCUUUCGCCAGGCUGUAUGUCAGAGACAUCCUACAGAUGACAGAGUCCAUCCAGGUGCCAGGUAUUUACUUCUACAACUUGCACCCGAUCUACAAAGUUGAUGUGCUUGGGACUGUGGUGUACAAGAGGGAAAGAGAUGACUUCUUCUGUUAUGGAGUGGAUGAUGGCACUGGUGUUAUAAACUGUCUGUGUUGGAAAAAUGACCUAAUGAAAGAGGAGGCGGAUCCUGAUAAAUCGGGGGGGAAACUCAGUGAUGGAGCUCAGGGAGGCUUCAACCCCGUUGCUGAGCUGAAAAAGCUGAAACAGGCCCAGCAGAGUCGCUGCCGCCUGGAGAUCGGAGAGCUGCUCCGAGUCAGAGGACCAGUGAAGAUGUCGAGACAACAGAGAGAAAUCAUGGCCUCCACCUACUAUAAAGUGAAUGACCCAGUGAUGGCGGUCCAGAUAGCAUGGAUGAUGGAGGUUCCUCAGCUCUACAGACAGUGCUAUGACAAACCACUCCAGCUGCAACCUAAUGCCACAAGUGACUCAGCCGUCAGUUCCCUCUGCAAGGCAACAAAUAUCAUCAAGGAUUUCUUUAAGCAGAGGUCAGUGACCAGGUUCAGACCCUACGAUGUGCAGGACCUCCUGCAGCCUCUGAUCUCCAGCCAGCCUCAAACAGCUUCAGCAGACCAGGAGCCUGUGGCAGGUCCAUCUGCAUGCCAGCAGCUACGCCAGCUUCUUAAAGAAGCCCUGCAAAUUUUACAGGACGACGGCAUGGUGUACCGCAAGGUCAAGUCGCAGGAUGAAGUCUAUUAUGUGACUGCGCAGGAUAAAGACCUACUUAUAGCCGUAAAAGACAUUAUCAAGGAGGACUCAAAGAGAGAGAAGUAUGCAGAGAAGGGUUGUCAUAUCCUGCACAUCCUGUCUGCAGUGAGACAGCACUACAGCCUCAACGUGAGCAAAGCAGCGCUGGAGCUCGUCCUCAAAUCACUGGAGUGUAACAGUGACAUCGUCAGCACCAGUGACAACCAUUAUACUGUGUUUUAACAUGAGCGCAGUGGGGUUGGGGAAUGCAGCAUCACUGUACAUACAGUACUGUGUGUACUAUGGCUUUUUGCUCCACAAUGUGAGCGUCCAGUUAGUUUGAGUAAAUCAUGCUUUUCUAUUUUUUUGUUCAUCAUGAAUAUUGUUAAAUAUUGCACUUGCCAACCUUACCCGAACACCACAUUUGCUGUUGUAUUUUAUUUUACUACUGUAUGUAAGCGUGCUAAGGUUAAAUAUUAAGUUUAAUGUAAAUGUAUUUGAAAGCCAUGUCUAAGAAGGUAGACAUCAGGGAAGCUUUUAAAACCACUGUGCACUCCACUCUUAUAAAUAUGUAUGAUAGUUUGAUAACUUUUUUCAAGUCAUUAAUUAAAUUGGCAAAAUUAUAUGUUGUCAGUCAUCAGCAAUUGCUCUGCUUGACCAUAGCUGUAAAUAAAUAACAGACCAGGCAACAAAGGACUGCUGGAUUAACCUGCUAGGAGACAAAAAUGAGCUGCUGGGGCCCCCUUACCCCUCCCGUUACUCUUACUCCAUGUCCAAUGUGUGCAGCCUUUCUGUUUUCUUUUUAUAUCUUUUAAUGACAUUUACCUCAGGAAAAUUAAAACAAA